AUGCCUGGCAAAAUCGAGAACGGCACCCCCAAAGACCUCAAGACAGGAAAUGACUUUGUAUCAGCAGCAAAGUCGCUGCUGGACCGCGCCUUCAAGAGCCAUCAUAGCUACUAUGGUCUAUGUUCCACCAGCUGUCAGGUAUAUGACACUGCUUGGGUGGCCAUGAUACCCAAGACGAGAGACAAUGUCAAGCAAUGGCUGUUUCCUGAGUGCUUCCACUAUCUUCUGAAGACUCAGGCCGCUGAUGGUAGUUGGGGUAGUCUCCCCACGACCCAGACUGCUGGUAUUCUAGACACUGCUUCAGCUGUGCUUGCACUCUUAUGUCACGCACAAGAGCCUCUGCAGAUACUGGACGUCUCGCCAGACGAGAUGGGUCUCAGGAUCGAGCACGGGGUAACUUCUUUGAAGCGACAGCUAGCUGUUUGGAACGAUGUUGAAGAUACCAAUCACAUUGGUGUCGAGUUUAUUAUUCCAGCUUUACUUUCCAUGCUUGAGAAAGAGCUCGACGUGCCAUCUUUUGAGUUUCCUUGCAGAAGUAUCUUGGAGAGGAUGCACGGAGAGAAGCUCGGCCAUUUCGAUUUGGAGCAAGUAUAUGGCAAGCCGUCUUCACUACUUCACUCCCUUGAAGCCUUUCUUGGAAAGCUUGACUUUGAUCGCCUUUCUCACCAUCUUUAUCAUGGCUCUAUGAUGGCUUCACCUUCUUCCACUGCAGCCUACCUCAUUGGUGCAACCAAGUGGGACGACGAGGCUGAAGAUUACCUGAGGCACGUUAUGAGAAAUGGUGCUGGUCACGGGAAUGGUGGCAUCUCAGGCACCUUUCCUACAACACAUUUUGAGUGUAGCUGGAUCAUAGCGACACUCCUGAAGGGUGGCUUCACUUUGAAACAAAUCGAUGGUGAUGGCUUGCGCGGCUUGUCAACUAUACUUCUCGAAGCGUUGAGGGACGAGAAUGGAGUAAUUGGCUUUGCACCCCGUACUGCUGAUGUUGAUGACACUGCAAAAGCUCUUCUGGCAUUGAGCCUUGUCAAUCAACCUGUCAGCCCAGAUAUCAUGAUCAAGGUCUUUGAAGGAAAAGAUCACUUCACCACGUUCGGAUCUGAACGUGAUCCCAGCUUGACUUCCAACCUCCAUGUGCUGCUGAGUCUCCUGAAGCAGUCCAAUCUAUCGCAAUACCACCCACAAAUCCUGAAGACCACGUUGUUCACUUGCCGAUGGUGGUGGGGCAGCGACCAUUGCGUCAAAGAUAAAUGGAAUUUGAGUCAUCUAUACCCAACCAUGCUUCUGGUGGAAGCUUUCACCGAGGUACUUCAUCUCAUUGAUGGUGGCGAGCUUUCUAGUCUCUUUGACGAGAGCUUCAAGUGCAAGAUCGGCCUGUCAAUCUUCCAGGCUGUACUACGUAUCAUCCUCACCCAAGAUAACGACGGAUCUUGGAGAGGAUAUCGCGAGCAAACAUGCUACGCCAUUCUAGCUCUUGUACAGGCACGCCAUGUAUGUUUCUUCACUCACAUGGUGGACAGGCUACAGAGUUGCGUCGACCGUGGCUUUUCGUGGCUCAAGUCCUGCAGCUUUCAUUCUCAGGACCUCACUUGGACGUCAAAGACAGCAUAUGAGGUUGGGUUUGUUGCUGAAGCGUACAAGCUAGCAGCCCUUCAGUCAGCAAGCCUAGAGGUGCCCGCCGCUACUAUUGGCCACAGCGUCACCUCGGCGGUUCCAUCAUCGGACUUGGAGAAGUACAUGAGGCUUGUGCGCAAGACUGCUUUGUUCUCGCCACUGGACGAGUGGGGACUCAUGGCGUCAAUCAUUGAGUCCUCGUUCUUCGUGCCCCUUCUACAAGCUCAGCGCGUUGAGAUUUAUCCGAGGGACAACAUCAAGGUCGACGAGGACAAAUACCUGAGCAUCAUUCCUUUUACUUGGGUCGGAUGCAACAACAGAUCCCGCACAUUUGCAUCUAACAGAUGGCUCUACGAUAUGAUGUACCUGUCCCUCCUGGGCUACCAGACCGAUGAGUACAUGGAAGCUGUCGCUGGGCCGGUAUUCGGUGAUGUCUCUCUGCUUCACCAGACCAUCGACAAGGUCAUAGACAACACAAUGGGAAACUUAGCCAGGGCCAAUGGUACCGUGCACAGUGGCAAUGGUCAUCAGCAUGAGUCACCCAACAUUGGACAAGUUGAGGAUACUCUCACUCGCUUCACCAACAGCGUGCUCAACCACAAAGAUGUUCUGAAUUCAAGCUCUUCUGACCAAGACACUCUUCGCCGAGAAUUCAGAACGUUCAUGCAUGCCCAUAUCACACAGAUAGAGGACAACAGUCGCUUCUCCAAGCAGGCCUCCAGCGACGCUUUCUCUUCCCCAGAACAAUCGUACUUCCAAUGGGUCAACAGUACAGGAGGCAGUCACGUCGCCUGCGCGUACUCAUUCGCUUUCUCCAACUGCCUAAUGUCAGCGAAUCUGCUCCAAGGCAAGGACGCAUUUCCCUCCGGCACUCAGAAAUAUCUCAUUUCAUCCGUUAUGCGUCACGCUACAAAUAUGUGUCGUAUGUACAACGACUUUGGGUCCAUAGCUCGCGAUAACGCUGAGCGGAAUGUGAACUCGAUCCACUUCCCCGAGUUCACGUUAUGUAACGGAACGUCACAGAAUCUCGAUGAAAGGAAAGAGAGACUUUUAAAGAUAGCUACGUAUGAGCAAGGUUAUCUUGAUCGUGCUCUCGAAGCUCUGGAACGACAGUCUCGUGAUGAUGCAGGUGAUCGUGCUGGGUCUAAGGAUAUGAGGAAGCUCAAGAUUGUAAAACUGUUCUGUGAUGUCACCGACUUGUAUGAUCAGCUUUACGUGAUCAAGGACCUUUCAAGCAGCAUGAAGUGA